AUGAGAAAGGCUAUGAAAGUACCCAGUCAGUAUUGUAGUAGCAAUAAGCAAAAAAGUGAAAACGAAGACAACCUUCAUUACUCAGACGGCAGUGACAGUAUCGGUUCAACAGAGGAGUGUAUUACAACCGGAAAAGGGAACAAGAAGACUACUAAUAAAAAGUGUCGGGUCGUAACUCCGGAGGACGGGGAGGUGGAUCUAAAUCAACCUGAUUUUUUAUUCGAAUCCCAACCGAGACAAAGGCUGGCGGCCAAUGCACGGGAACGGGAUCGAACCCAUAGCGUCAACACGGCUUUCGUGACGCUUCGGACUUUGAUCCCGACAGAACCAGCUGACCGGAAGUUGUCUAAAAUCGAAACUUUGCGAUUAGCGACGAGUUAUAUCGCUCACCUGAACACUGUAUUGAUGGUGGGGUCGGAGUGUAUUGACCAGCCCUGUGUAAAACACCAGGCGAUGUUACGAGGCGGACUGGACAAUGUACCGAAACCUGUGUGUACCUUUUGUCUUAGCGCGUCCAGGACCCGAACGAUGAAGCCAGAAAGCUGUAUGUACAAAGAUGUCCGCCCGGGAAUGCAGGUCCGGAGAUAACGAUGAUAAACUGUUUAACAUUGACAUCUGAAGAAAUCAACAGCUUGGGGAAAAACAACCUGACAUCGGAGUCUCAGUUCCGGAUACCCCGAAAAUGAAAUCAAGUGCCUCUGGUUUUAAGUACACAAACCUUUAUUUCACUAUAACGGUUUGUUAUUCAA